AUGGAGGGUCAGAGACCGACGGCCGCGGGCUCAGAAAGACCUGAGGAGCUCCACGUGAGCCCCCGGGGAGCGGGGCCCGACGCGACGGCUUCUGAGUCUUUGAGUCUUUCCCGCGACCGCCCCCUUCGUGAUUUUUUGCAGCAACAGAGUGCGUUUUUCUCACACACGCACUCUCGCGCUUCGUGCCCAGCUGAACACCCUUCCCUCGCCGCGCUCAACGGCGUCGCGCCGCACCCUGCUUGUUCCUCUCCACCUCCUCUGUCUUCCCUGGCUUCUCUGGCCUCGCUUCCGCCGCCCGUCGCUCGGCCCCUCCAUCUUCUGCAACAGUCCCACGCAAACCCAGCCUCGAACCCUCUGUUCGCGCCUGGAAAGGAAAACGGUCUCUUUGACGGCCCGCGAGACCCGUUUGCGAACGUCUUCUCUUCCUCCUCGUCCGCGUCACCUGCCGAAGAUGACGCCGUUUUGUCUUCGUCCGAAAUUCGCGAGCAGCUGCGUCUCCAGCUGGCUGCUGCGCGGUACGUACAGCAAGGCGCAGUGCCCCCCGCAGAGAUUCUCUUCCGCAUUCACCAGGCGCUGCCGAAGCAGGAAAGAGCCCAGUGGAUGAACGCGACAGACGGAAGAGCCACGCGCCCCGCCGUGGCGCACAUUCGACAGAAAAUUCGCGAAGGCAGUCGACAAGAGGCCUUCGCGCAGCUGGAAGAGAGACGGCGCCUUCUCGAGUAUGCCAAACACUUUGCCUCUGGCCAAGAAGACGACGGGAGCGGGUGCCAGCGGAGCGUGCAUGCAUGCGCGAAGGGAGAACUUGCGUCGACUCCUCUUUUUACACAGAGACGACGGGGCAGGGACGCGAGAAGUGGACUUUUAGACGGCAAACACCGCGACCUCUACGAGCAAUUCUGCUGCCUGCCGGAAUCCGUGCGAAUGCAAGCGACCCUGGAGCGCCGGCUGCAUUCUCUCGCGCAGUUUCAGGAGUCUCUGCGCGGCGCGAUCGUCGAGGAAGGUCGGCGGUCGCUUGCGCCGCCAGGCAGCGCAUUGCUGCUUCGCCCGCAGGUCCCGCGGUCGCUCUACGAGCGGGCUUUCCUCUGUCUGUGCAGAUGCGCCUCCUGCUGCCGCCGGCAACACCCGGCGACCGAGCGUCUCCUCGCCGCGCCCGCCUUGGACGCGUCUGGGCCAAAGAAGAACGGAAUCGACGCCCUCGCCGCGCUGGCCAAGAAGGAAGACACUUGCUGCGGCUGCUGCUGCGUCGGGUUCUGCGGCACGGCGACCGCACCCGGCUCGGCGGCGCGUGGCGACAGGAAGGGCGGAAAGAAGGACGACGAAGACGCAAAAAGAGAAAACUCGGGGAAACGCAAAACAACUGUCGCGUGGCCUGCGGCCUCCGGAUGUGGACUGUUCGACGCUCUCGGACACGAAGGCGAAGAACCCUUCAGACGAGGACCCGCGAGACACCUGCAAAGGCUCGCCAUCAAGGCACGAAACCGGGCACUGUCGGCGGUUCAACAAGUGUACGCAGCCGCCCAGGCGCGGCCUUGCCCCGCCUUGCAGCCUCCUCUUCGCCAGCAGCAGGAGAGAAGAAAACUCUGGCACCGAGCAGCUGCGCAUGUUCGGUCUUCCGAGCUGCGAGAGGAAUGGAGAGAAAAAAGAGCUAUCGCGAAACGCCUGGUCACCACUGCAGCGUCUCAGGUGGCAGCGAUAAAACAGAAGCAGCAGCAGCUGCGGGAAAAGGCACAGAAGGAAAGAAUGCGGCUGCUGAAGGAGAACGACAUGGCCAGCUACAUGAAACUCGUGGAAGACACGAAGAACGCUCGGCUGCGCGAGUUGCUUGCCGCGACCGACGCCUUCCUGGCGGAUCUCUCCGUCAAGGUUCGAGCCCAGCAGGUGGCGACGAAAGACUUGGCCAAACAGCAUCAGAUGAGCGAAGACAGGCGGAAACUUACCGACAGCCUCGAGGAGGGAGACUCCUCUGCCUCGGGAUUCGAAGGCGGCGGGGCGGGCGAGCAAAAGAGCGACACCGAAGGCCAGAAACGGGAAGAGAAGGAAGAGAUCACGCCAGGCAACACCACAGAGAACAAGACAGAGAACAAGACAGAGGAAAAGGGAGGGAAGGCAGAGAACAAGACAGAGAACAAGACAGAGGAAAAGGGAGGGAAGGCAGAGGAAAAGGGAGGGAAGGCAGAGGAAAAGGGAGGGAAGGCAGAGGAGACAAGCGAGACGGAGAAAGAAGAGAAAGAGGACGAGUCGCAGAAUGGGGCGGGAUCUUGGGCCUUGGGUCAGGAUCAGUAUUAUGCCAUGUCGCAUCAAGUCCGCGAAGAAGUUAAGCAGCCUUCGACUCUCACCGGAGGAGAUCUGAUGCCGUACCAGAUGGCAGGCCUGUCGUGGAUGUUGUCCCUGUACAACAACGAUCUCCAUGGUAUUCUCGCCGACGAGAUGGGUUUGGGAAAGACGAUUCAAACCAUUGCUUUGCUGGCGUAUCUGAAGGAGUUCAAGAACAACCCCGGACCGCACUUGAUCAUCGUGCCGCUCUCGACGCUCCCGAACUGGGCGGAUGAAUUCCGCCGGUGGUGCCCCUCGCUCAAAGUCGUCGCUCUGAAACACCUGGUCGUGGACGAAGGUCACCGGAUGAAAAACAGCAAGUCGAAGUUUCACAUUUGCGUGUCGGAGUUUCGCGCCACGCAUCGUCUGCUCCUCACCGGGACGCCUUUGCAAAACAACUUAGCCGAGCUCUGGUCUCUCCUCAACUUCUUGCUCCCGAAAAUCUUCUCGUGCGCCAGCGACUUCGAGAAGUGGUUCAGCCAACCCUUCGAGGGGAAAGGCAUGCCGGUGGAGGGUAGCGACAUAGACACUGGCGGCAGCGCUUUUUUGAACGAGGAAGAGCGGCUCUUGAUCAUCAACCGCCUGCAUGCAGUGCUUCGCCCCUUUCUGCUGCGAAGAGUGAAGAAGGACGUCUUGAAAGACAUGCCGGAAAGAAAGGAAUACCUCGUCCGAAUCUGCCUCUCGGAGUGGCAAAAGGCGGUCUACAAACAAAUCCAGGAAAAAGGACUGCGGACGGUCGAUCAGGUCGGCAACGUGACGAAGCGUGGUUUCCAAAACACCCUGAUGCAGCUGCGGAAAAUCGCCAAUCAUCCGUACCUUUUUGUGGAUGAGUAUUUGUUGAACGAGGACCUCGUUCGCGUCGCUGGAAAGUUCGAGUGUCUCGACAGGAUGCUGCCGAAGCUGCUUCACUUCAAACACAAGGUUCUCAUCUUCUCGCAGAUGACGCAGGUUUUAGACCUCAUGGCAGAGUACAUGCAUCUUCGCGGCUACAAAUUCGCUCGCCUCGACGGAAGCGUAGGCUUGACGGAGAGGAAGGAACGGAUGGCGGAAUUCAACAACGCAGAAGUCGACACCAUGAUCUUCAUGCUCUCGACCAGGGCCGGAGGUUUAGGUCUGAAUCUGCAGGCAGCCGAUACAGUCAUUCUGUUCGACAGCGACUUCAAUCCACACCAGGAUCUUCAGGCGAUGUGCCGCGCGCAUCGCCUCGGUCAGACGAAGCAAGUCAAAGUUUUCCGUUUAGUCACCAUCAGCGGCGUCGAGGAAAUUAUUUUGGAAAAAGCAAACAGGAAACUGAACAUCGAUCAGAUGGUCAUUCAAGCAGGCAUGUUUGACAACAAAUCCAGUGAGGAGUUGCGAGAAGAAAAACUCCGAGUCCUUCUUCUUCUCCACAAGGGGACCACGGGGGACACGCGGGCCACGACUCCUCUUCAGAAGAGUUUGGAGGAACUGCGUCUGGAGGACGAUCAGGACUUGGAGAGCGCAGCGGCGGCGGCGGAGGCGGCUGGAGCUGCGCUCGCAGCGGCCGUGGAGGAGGCGGCGAGCGGCAGCCGAGACGAAGAGGAAGAGAAGAAGAGCCCCGGGCGUCUCUCGCAACUCGACGAGGACGAGAAGACCAAGCCUGGGGACGAGAAGCAGGAUGAGUUCGAAGACGCAAAGGCGGAGGAUCCCCCCGCGGACGAAGAGGAGACGGAGACGCGCGACCGCCGAACCGAGGCCGACGGCGCGGCCGAGAAGCGCGAGGUGGGCGUCGGCGACGAAAAGGGCGAGGCGGGAGCGAAGAACGGAGACAGAGCGUCGGACGAAAAGGCGGACGGGGACUCUGCGAGGAAGCAGGAGGCAGUCUCGGAGUUUCUCGUGGCGACGGGGCGGCUCGUGCGUGCGUCUGAGUUGCCGGCGUGGAUCGUCGAAGAAGAGGAAGAGGAAGUCGACGCGAAGUGGGAGGAAGAAGACGAGGGCCCUGUGGGGCGUCGAAAGCGGCGACAGCGCGGCUGCGUCGGCCGCGUCAGAUACUGCGACGCCUUGUCCGACGCCAAGUACGUCAAGUUGAUUGAAAAGUACGAGAACGGCGAGUUGUGGGAAGAAGGGCUGGAGGAGGCGUUCGUGCGCGAGAUCGAACGCCAAGAACAGCGACGGCGAAAACGGGAAAUGAGCAAGGGCGGGGAGGCGACCUCGUGCCUGUCUCCGAGCGGGGAUCUCGACGGCCGCCCGCGCCGAGGACGGAAACGAAAAAUCCGCUACGAAGACUCCGUCUCGCCCGAGCAGGAGACGCUGAAGCAGUCGCCGCUCUCGGGGACACGGCCGCGAGGCCGCCCGCGCAAACAGACGCCAGUGUCUCCGAGCGGCGACGACGCGACCGCGGCGGGGCGAGGCCGCCGUCGCGCGCGCUCGGGCACGGAGGACGAGAAGGCUCGAGACCCGCGCGGAGAUUGCAUGCGCGAGGCGUCGAGAAGCCGCAGGCGGAGCGCACGCUCGGUGCGCGGAGACGGCGAGCUCUCGGACGGCGCGCGCGGUUGCCGCGGAUUUGGAGACAAGGACGAAGACGAGGACGAGGCAGGCAGCAUGGAGGACGACGAGGCGUAG